AUGCCUUCCAGCGGGUCUCUGAACCCGGAGUCGGAGGCUUUUGCCCAUGUCCGUCCAACUUUUUGGAUCGGUCAGCAUGACUCCUCCAGGACUGAGGCUCUCACUGAUGGCCAGUACGCUCAGGUCCUCAACGCCGGCUUCGGGUUCGCAACGGCGCCAAUCACCAAUGAGCACUUCCACCAACGUGUCAAGGAGCUCUACAGGUCUCAUCUGAGCGGCCUAGAGGCCUCGAGUUUGUCGGCUGCCGAGAAGGCCAACCCGGCCCUGCCCGGCCCUACCGUCCCAACUCUCACCAACAAGGACACGAGCCUCAUUCCCAGCUCAUACGUGCUUAACGUGCUGGCCUACUCAAGCCCGUGGAUCGACCUCUGCUCGUCAGACCCGGUCAUCGCCAGCAUCUCCCGCCAGGCGCUGAACCUGGAGGUGGCCUAUGCCAAUUUCUGUGGGGUGCGCAGUGUUGUGAUCCCGGGGCCACGACAGGACGGGGACGGUAAAGCCAUUGCUCAGUAUGUGAGAGCGGUGCAGGAGACAUUUGAGGUGGCUACCAGGGUGAACGUCAUCAUCCAUAUGCCAAUGUACCGUGAGCCUGGGUUGGAGGAGAAGGCAAAGCUGCUAUCUGAGGAACUUCACGGGUCCAAGGAUGUGGCAAAGGCAGGCCCAAAAGAUGAUGAGGUUGAUCUCUUCGGGGCUUGGGAUACGUGGCACGCCAUCCGGUCGGUCUGCCAGUACUCGACCAGGUUGUUUGUUGCCUUGAGGAUCCCGCGACGUCUUCCGGAGAGGGAGCUCCAGACUCGGUGGUUUUCCGAGCCCCUGCAUUACGUGACCCUCGGGCCCACCACCUUCCAGCCCAACAAGACCGGCAACCCGUCCCUCACUCGAUACCACCAGGACAUGAUAUUCAGCUAUAUGCGACUGAAGAACGCACCCUGGCUCCUCCUCUACGACGUCGGGCCUUUCCUGGCUGAGCUCCAGGCAGCCGCUGAGGCGGCCGAGACCAUCCAGAUCGAGUUCCCGACUAUCGGCGAGGCAGCGCACAGCGAUGCGUUGGCCAAGAGCCUCCCCGGCAUGAAUGCCCAUGUGCUGUACAUGAGCCACCUGGAGCGCCAGCAGGAGCCGCUUGGGGCCCUCGAGACGGACACGCUCACGAGCUUCCAGGACUGGCUACAGAGCCCUCUGCAGCCGUUGUCUGACAACCUUGAGUCGGCGACAUACGAGAUGUUUGAGGGCGACCCCGUCAAGUACAACCUGUACGAGGAGGCCAUGUUCCAGGCCAUGAGCGAGUGGAAGCAGCUUGGAAAGCCUACGUCGUCCCUCAAGGGCGACAACGCCGAGCUGGUGGUGACCGUCGCUGGGGCCGGGCGUGGCCCGCUGGUGACGCGGGCGCUGAGAGCCAGCGAGCGCAGCGGGAUGCCCAUCCAGAUAUGGGCGGUGGAGAAGAACCAGAACGCCUACGUGUACCUCCUUCGGCAGAACGAGACCGUGUGGGGCGGACGGGUGACGGUGGUCAAGACUGACAUGCGCGACUGGACGGGGCCGCGGCCGCAGGGCUACGCGGGCAGCGCGCCGCCCAAGGUGGACAUCCUCGUGACGGAGCUGCUGGGUUCGUUCGGCGACAACGAACUGUCACCCGAGUGUAUCGAUGGAAUCCAAAAGCACAUCGCGCGGCCGCAUGGCAUCUCGAUCCCCGAGUCGUACACGGCGUGGCUGUCGCCCAUCGCGACGCCCAAGAUCCAUGCGCACCUGCGGACCCUCGCCCCGGCCGACGCCAAUGCCUUCGAGACGCCCUGGGUCGUGCGGCUGUACCAGCUGGACCUCAUCUCGCAGAAGGUGCCCGGGAAGCCGCGGUUCCAGCAGGCGUGGGAGUUUGUGCACCCCGUCGCGGGCUCGCUCAUCGAGAAGUGGGAGGCCGAGAACGGCCCCGUGUCGCACGCGCCGAGGCUGCGCACCGCAGGCGGCGGCGCCAUGAACAACUCGGGCGGCACCAACGAGCACAACGCCCGGCACACGCACCUGACCUUCUACUGCCGCCCGCGCGGUGUCUGUCACGGCCUGGCGGGCUACUUCGAGAGCACGCUCUACCGGCCGCACACCGGCGAGGGCAAGGAGCUGGUGGAGCUGAGCAUCCUGCCGGACCAGAUCGACAGGAAGAGCAAGGACAUGGUCUCCUGGUUCCCUAUCUUCUUCCCCCUAAAGCAACCCCUCUACUUCCCGCAGGACUCAGACCUCGAGGUCAGCAUGUGGCGGCAGACUGAUGACACCAAGGUCUGGUACGAGUGGAUCGUCGAGGCGUAUGUCUGGGUCGGCCCCAAGACGAGGGUCAAGGUUGCAUCCUCGGAGAUGCACAGCAGCCGCAAGGUGGCUUGUCUCAUGCAGUAG